GAUUAAACCCCGGCGACCGGUAGCCCGGUGACCGCACCUGCCUAUAACCUCCUCCUCCUCCUCCCGCUUUCGUCUCGCCGCCCCCACCUUACCGACGGAGAGAGAAGCCUCCCGCCGCAACCGAAGCCAGGCUACCAACCAGACCAAACCCGCCACGCCGCUACCGCUACCGCCGCCGCGGACCAUGUCGGAGGUGACAGCGCGGAGUUCCACGGAGUCCUCCGCGGCCUCCUUGGGGCUCGACUUCGAGGACACGGCCCUCACCCUCCGCCUCCCGGGCUCCGACACCGCCCGCAAGCGUGCCUCCACCUCUGACCCCGUCGACCGCAGCUCCCCCCGCGCCGCCGCCGCCGCAUCCGACGCUCCCCCCUCCCCCAAGGCGCGGGUGGUGGGGUGGCCGCCGGUGAGCAGGAACCGGAGGAACGCUCUCCCCAGGGGCAAGUUCGUCAAGGUGGCCGUGGCCGGCGCGCCGUACCAGCGCAAGGUGGACCUCGAGGCGUACACGGGCUACGAACAGCUGCUCGCAGCGCUCCAGGACAAGUUCAUCUCCCACUUCACCGUCCGCAGGGUGGGGAACGAGGAGAUGAAGCUCGUCGACGUCGUGAGCGGGACGGAGUACGUGCUGACGUACGAGGAUAAGGACGGCGACUGGAUGCUCGUCGGAGACGUCCCCUGGAGGAUGUUUGUGGAGACCUGCCAGCGUCUUCGUCUCAUGAAAAGCUCUGAGGCGGUUAACUUAGCACCAAGAGCUGCUCAAUGAGGCACAUCCACUCCUUUUCUAUAAACUGCUUCAAAGGAAAAGACAUCUUUGCUUGCUGAGGUUCUUCUUGUGUGUGAGAAACGUGUACAGCCAUCGACUUCUGCUUUCGGGAAAGGUUGUAGCCUGUAGUAUGGACAGUAAAAUGUGUCUACAUACAGAUGAGCAAGACAAUGAUGCUUUUAAAAUACACCUAUACUUUGUCUAAUGAUAAAUAAGACCAGUUACAUGGA